GGAAACUAAAACUUACUUCCACCUCUGGUCUCGUUGUUUUGCUGAGAAUUGGGGAAGAGCGAAAAUGCAUCAACGAUCACAAUUUUCUCUCUGUAAAUUGUUUUGCAGACACCAUUUUCAACGAUUUCCAUUACCCAGUUCUUCAUUUUCCCUUAAUUCGCUCGCAGCGGUUUCAAUUCAACUCGUUCCAGGAUCGGUUCUGUUUCCAAGACCCAAGUUUUCCAUUACACCCACCUCAAGUUUCCACCAUCUCCCUCAUCCAACUCUCUCGAACUCGCAGACCCAGUUGAGGAAAUACAGUGCUGCGGCUGGUGACUCAGUGGCCGAGUUGGACAAGAACAAGGAGGUCGACAUGAUCAACCUCAAGUUUGCUGAAGCUAGAGAGGAGAUAGAGAUGGCUAUGGAGUCCAAAGAGACUGUGUAUUUUGAUGAGGAAGCUGAGUGUGCUCGGGCUGCUGCGAAUGAAGUGGUGGAAAUGUUUGAUGGGCUAUUGGCGAAGCUGCCGGAGAGCGAAAGGGCGGCCUUGCGGAGGUCAAUGGGGCUGAAGAUUGAGCAGUUGAAGGCUGAGCUUCAGCAGUUGAAUGAGUAAUGAGGAGUAGGUUUGAUUUUGAUUUCUUGCUACUAGGCCAACGAAUUUUCCCCCAAAGAUUCACCAUUGUUUGAAGAGUAAUUUGCAGCUUAAAUCAUCAACUGAUAUGAAGUAUGAUAUAAUGUGGGAAGCUGACUACCAUUGUUUCUACAAUCUAUCAAGUAUCCUCUGAACCUUCAAUGCCAAAGAGCUACAUAAAAUUGAAUCCAGACUGUCUAAUAUGUUUCAGAUGAACGAAAUAAUUUUUUAGAAUUCGCCUUAAAAUGAAAAUUUCUUCCUACUAUUAAAACUUACAAUAAAAUUGAAUGAGGCUUCAAAUAAAUGGAAUGCCUAUGUCUUUUAGGGACAAGCCGAGGAGCUUAGAGAUAGAGCUACUAGGCAAUUGAACUGAUAACUACAGGACCUGAGUUCUGCUUUCCAUUGCUUCACUUUUUUUCUUUUUUUCUUUCGUUUUUUUAAUUAUUAUUUCACUUUAUUGUUCUCAACAUCAUGCGUUAUUGGUUUUUCCUGUUACUACUUCUGUUGUUAUCAAGUUAUCUCAACCUUUGAACUUAUGUAUGCGGUAGUAGGAAGUUCUGGGGCUUUUAGGACCCCAGCCACCGAGUUUCAGUACUAAAUUGAAAUACCAUAUAAACUAUAAUGGAAAAGCAGCAGAGUUUCUUUGUUUGUAUAUUUGCUUUACAUCUCAGAAGUUGAGAUAUAUUCUACAUGUUUAGACUGGGAAUGGACUACUUAGGUGGAAAAGAAAUUAACCAGUUGACAGUUAAUGAUGAUGAAGGUUGUUUAUCAGAACCGGAUAUGGUUUCUCACAAAGUGGGCAUGAGAUGUCUGGGAAACACCCUACGGUGACCUCCCCAUGUGGAAGCACUACAAAAACAAUGAGAAAUUGACCUAGCUAGCUACCAAAGAACCUACGAGAGAAGCUCAUUGAAUAAAUCAUGCAUUUCAUAUUAAUAAUAUGAUGGGUGGUAUAAGCUUUGCAUUUGUGAAUGGCCUCCAGAAUUUUGUUUUUGAAUUUUUCUUAAACCUUCAUGGUUUCU